CUAGUCAGUCUUUUUGUUUUUUACACAGCACCCCAAACUCGACAGUUCAAUUACAAUCCUUACCCCUAAACGUCUACUUUGUUCCGCCGUCAUGUUGUUCGCCAAGUCUGCUUUUGUCUUGUCCUUUUUGGCCCUCGGCAACAUUGCCGCCGCGGCAGGCACUAAGGCUUGCCUUCUUGAGGCUCUCAGCACGGAACCAAGCCCCGGUGAUCUCAAAGCCGUCUGUGUUGAUAAAGUGCAGACCAGAAUCGAGAGCCUGUGCAGCGGUGAUGACAAGCAGGAUGCUCUGAAGCAGUUCUCGAGCAGCUCCGGCUUUGUCACUGCUACCGCUACCAGCACUCCCGGCUCCGACUCCAGCUCUAGUUCCCCUACCUCCGGCUCUGAUUCUAGUUCUAACUCUGGCUCCGGCUCCGGCUCUGAACCUAACCCCAGCUCGACCUCUUCUUCCGGAGUACCUCUUCAUACCUCCAAUGCUGGCUCGUCUGAUAGGCAUAUUCCCGCUGCUGCCUUUGCUGCAGUUGUCUUUGUCGGCUUCGCCGCUACGUUGUAAGGGUGAUCAACCUUCGAAUCGUUCUACUCAGCUGCGCAGUGAGUACCGGGUAUCGGGUGGAAUGACUUGAUUCCAUUCUUGUUCCAUCAUUUGUGCCAAUUGUAUAUUGAGGCCAAUCUCCGUCAUGUAAGGGUGCGUUGCAAUAACUAUAAGGAGGCUGUAUGCUCCUUCCCGACAGAUAGUAAGGAAAUCAACCUUCUUGUAACUAUUGUGUGACCCUUGAUCCGAGUCUAGAUUUCUGAUUCCGCCGAUAGGCCAUAGAUCUAACGUCAGUUAUAAGGGUUGAAGAGAGUAUACCUAAGAGUACCGCAAAUUCGUAGAUCCGUAUCAUAGCGAGAGCGGAAUUUCGUCAUUCGCGUGG